AUGGACUUCCUCCUCGUUGCUAUCGGCGGCGUGAGAGACUCCAGCGUCCAUGGCGCAGUGACGGCCAGGAACAUGCUGCAUAAGAUCCUGGAGGUUCCCGGCCUAGGCUUGGUGAGGGUGUCAGAGGCUGUGAGGAGCAUUCAUAAGCACCUGGACUCCAUCAGCGAGCCACUUGCCCGGCAGGAGCUGCUCAGGGCCCUUCUCCUGCUGGGUUCCCAGUUCAGCGAGGAGGUGGUCGGAACCCUGCUGGGCUGCUCACUGUCAUGUGACAGUGUUGCUGCGGAGAUGUGGAAGAUGCUGACAUCCCAGCCCAAGAGCACAGAAAAGAUCCUUAGGGAGCUGACCGGCGUCGCCUCCUUGGCCGCCACAAGAGCCCUAUAUGUGAUCCUGCAGGAGCAGGCCUGCAGGCAGGAAGUGAAGGAGCUCUUCCCUCAGCUCUACGUCGCGCUGCUCUUCCACGUCACCCACACAGUGCAGCACACUGCUUUGCAGGAGAGGGAGCAUAACCAGGAGGACACGGCCGCACCCCUCAGCCCCGUCAGGUUCGCGGUGAAGGCCAUGGAAGCUUUGCUUCUAUGCGCUGGCUACAAGGAGCAGGCCACCUUCAUGAUGAAGCAUGGCCGCUGGGACCUGCUCAUGAGCUCCGACACGCACCACAAAGGUGUCUGCCUGCUUGCCCGGGCCAUGGUUUCGCUCAAUGUCGAGGAGCGAAACUGGAUUUUCCACCAUGUCAUGGCCAUCCUCAACGAUCGGGACGAUAGGCGGUACGUCCCGGCCGUGGCGCUCUUCAUUCAGCUCCUCAAGUGCCCUGACCUUGGCAGCGAGCUGGAAGACGCCAUCGUGGAGGAGAUGAGCGGGCUGCUGAGAGACCCCAAGACCGUGGUGCGCUGGUUGGCGCUCAAAGGCCUCCUCAAUCUGGCCCUUCACCCAGAGAAGGUGGGGAAACUCCAGCAUCUGCUGCCAGAUGUCCUGGAGCGACUCCAGGAGGUAGACAGAGACCUCAUCCGCAAGGCCAUCGCCGUGCUGAAACACCUCCUCGCCGGCAUGGACAGGCAGAGCGCCAGCUGCGCGGCUGUGCAAGUGGCUGCGCAACUCCUGCCGUUGUUUCAUGAUGUAAGGCCUGGCAGCUCACAGGAGAUCCCAUCAAACUGCAGACAUGUGACCAGCAAGCUCCAGGUGCUCUCCAUCACCCUUUUUAAAGACCUGCUGGAGCUUGUAAGGGGGCCCAACCGGAGGCAGAUGAAGGAGCAUGUGCUCCAGAGCCUGGUCCCACUGCUCCUCCUUGUGCAUGAUGAGCGUCCCAACGUGUCCCAGGUGUGUUGGGACACCCUCAGCAGUGCCGCCCAAUUCCUGAGGUGGCACCAGCUCAGUGGCCUCAUCCAGCACAAGGAAACCUGGCGAAGCUGUGACUGCCUGGUGAUCCACUACAAGGAGAGAGCUGAUGACUUCCUGGGCCAGACCAUGGCCUUCCUGCAGAACCCACAGACUCCAGUUAGGGAAGCAGCCAUCAGGUUCCUAGGGCUCACUGCCCGGAAGCUGGACCAGGGGAGCCAGGACAAGCUGGACGCCAUCUGCGACAACCUCAAAGGCUUGCAGCAGGACAGCAAGUCCUCAGUCCGAUGCCUGGCUUCUCAGACCAUCUUCAUCCUGGAGGCCUUCAAGAACCAGCCUCCAGCCUGCUGCAGCCUAUGGACAUUGGUCCAUAGGAUAAGAACAAUGUGCACUGCGGAGAGCCAGCUCAUUGAAGCUGCCCAGCUGCCCUAGGUCUGGGAAAAGCCAGCCUCCCUUCUCUGGGGGCUUGGUGCAUCAGAGCCCACCUGGAGCAAGGUGGAACACAUGGCUUCUUCCCAACUGGCUGCCUGCCCUGCCCAGCCAUGUGAGUAGUUAACUGCUCGAUAGCUUUCAUCAUCAUGUACUUUUGGACAGGUUUCCAUGCACCGUGUUGCAUUUACGUCCUGCCCUCCGUCCCCAUUUCCAGUCGUGUAUGUUUUUGAUGCCGUCGGCCAUUUUGAAAAUUUAUUUUGUAUUAUUUUUCUGUGUUUGGCCGGGGGAAGGUUGUGUGCUUGUGUUUUGACAUAUUUAGAGAAAAAGUACGAAUGAGUAGAAAGAGAGGCUGUAAAGGGUUUGCAGUCCCCCCCCAGGCCCCACCGUCCGUCCAUCUGGGUGGGAGACCACACCCCUUGCUAUGAUACUUCCGGGUACGGUGGUUCAGGGGAAAAUUAGCUCAGUGUUAAUGGCUCUAGCCUGCAGUCAGGCCAAGUAACGGUAGAGAGUCUGUUUGCCCGGGGCCCUCAAUCAGGGCAGGGCGUCAGUCGAGAAGGGGAUCUGGCCUACAGUCAGGCAGGCAGAGCAGCAGGAGGUCCAUUUGCCUGGCCCUUGAUCAGGGUAGGGCAGCAGUCAAGUAGGGGGGCUCUGGCCUACAGUCCGGCAAAGCUGUCGCAGUCUAGGGGAGGUUAGCUCUCUGGUGGGAAUGUCAGGACAACCAUCUGGCAUCUGGAUUCAGGUGGGUGCCAGACCAAUUCAGGCCUCCUGACAACCAGGGGGGAGGCUGCCACUCCUGACGUUGAGGUGGUAGGGGCAGAGGAACUCAGGUCCUCCCAUUCCACUGCAUCCCAGCCCAG